AUGACCACCAACCCGUCGUCGCGCAAGACCAACCAUCUAUUGACCAAUCCCCAGGUUUCCCUAUUGGUCCAUGAUUGGGUGUCUCAUCGUCCGCCUACGCGAGCCACGAAUGCUGGCGAACGUGAGGGAUCCCCGCCACCUGCCGCGACAAGGUCAUCGCUAGCCAGUUUGUUAUUGAAUCUUAAUACAAGCGCUCUUUCAAGUAUUUCCACCACCAUCACUGGCACAGCUCGCUUCCUGGAGCCCGGGUCCGAGGAGGAGACCUGGUGCAAGGAGAGGCAUCUCGAGAAUAAUACCUUUGAGGAAGAAAUGAGCUUCAUUGGCCAGCAGCAGCAACAACAGUCCGGCCAACGAAGACCCAGUGUUUCAAUAGAUAGUGAUGUCCGCGUGGUCACGGUCCGAGUGCGUGAAGGACGGAUUGCUGACUGGAAAGGAGGAGUGCGUGAUUGGAUGGUGGUUCGAGAGGACGCGGAGGAGUCUCCUUUGAUCAAUGGAGCUUUGGAUGCUUAG